AUGACCGAAUUUCCACUGGAACCUUCGCUCGCCAAGCUGAUCAUCAUGUCGACCGACUUCGAAUGUUCGGAGGAGGUGCUGACGAUUGUGGCGAUGCUGAACGUGCACAACAUCUUCUAUUGGCCGAAAGAGAAACAGGACAUGACUGAUCAGAAGAAGGCAAAGUUCCAACAGCUGGAAGGCAACCAUUUGACGAUGUUGGCGGUGUACAACUAA